AUGGCUAAAUACAAAAAGAAUAAAGAGGAGGGCGGAGAUCUUCAAGAGAAAGCUAAGAGGGCUGUAAACACAGUGGUAAUAAUAGAGAAACUGCUACAUGGAGAUCUAAGUUUUUUUAACCACUUAACCUAUUUUCUGGCUGCUGGUGCUGUUACUUUGGGAAUUGGUUUCUUUGCUUUGGCAUCAGCUUUGUGGUUCCUGAUUUGCAAACGAAGAGAAAUAUUUCAAGAUUCCAAACUUAAAGCAACUGAUGAGAGAUGCAAGCAAAGACCAUCAAAGGCGAAGAUUAAAUCUCAUUCUCAGUGUGUUUUUAUUUCUCGAAAUUUUCAUACUGGAAGAUUCCAGUUACAGGAGGAGCAAAGAAAAAAGGAAACAGCACGUAUAAAAGCAAUUAAAGAUCACUCUAAAGAUGAAUUCUGCCUUGCAACAAAAAAGGUCGUUUGUGAUCCCUCAGAGACUAGCUCGGCAACAAAUCCCAGCAGUGUUACCUUAAGCUUAUCAACAUUGCCAUCUGAUUCUUAUUACAGCCAAAGUAUAGAAGUAGCUGAUGACUGGUUUUCUGAUGAUCCUCUAGCAAAAAAGAGCCCUCCAAUGCCUUUUCUCGGGGAGCCUCUAAUGGAAAAAGUAUUUUCAUACUUAUCAACCAUUCCACUAGAAGAAUGUACUGGAAAUGUACUAAAUAUGACACUUUAUGAUGAUCAGAAAGAUGGCAGCAUUAAGGAAAUAUUUACACGAAGAAAUACAGAGGUUGAAAUACAAAACCUUCAACAUAAUAUUGAAUGACUUUUUUCUUUUGAA